AUGUCGUCCGCGGUGCCGCCGCCGCCGCGCCAUCGCCCGACGGCCGGCCAGAUCCUCAGCCUGCCGCCGCAGUGGCUCGCCAUGUACGACGACUUCAUCACCAAGAACGCCGGCCAGGUGUCGCAGAUUGAGAGCGCCCUGCGGAGCCUGACGUACAUUAUCCCCGGCCGCUUCCGCGACGCCGAGAUCGCGUCCGAGUCGAUACACUCGGGCGUCCAGCUCCUCUCCCUCUAUCACGACACCCUCCUCUCCCGCGCCGUAUCGCGCCUCCCUGUGCCCCCCGUCCGCUCCGCCCACGCCCGCUACACCCGCUUCUGGGCGCACAAGAGCAAGCUCUACCGCCGCGUCGCCAUGCUCCUGCAAAUGGUCGUCUACACUGAGCUGCUCUGCGAGAUGUCGGCCAAGCGCCGCGGCGGCGAGCGGGCCCGCUGGAGGGUUGUCGUCCUCCUCGAGGCCAUCAAGGCCGUCUGCCGCCUGCUCCUCCUCCGCGUCACUCGCUCGCGGCCCCUCGUCACUCCGUGCCUGCCUGAGCGCGAGCCCAUACCCGAGGACGACGUCGACGACGACGACGCCCUCGCCGCCGGCGCCGACGAACAGGCCUCGUCGCGGAGCGAGAGCGAGCUCAUGGACGAGGUGGCGCCGGAUAGCGCCGCCGCCAGGGAGGUGCCUGGCGGCCCCCAGAGCCACAAGCCGCCGCACGAGCGUGAAUGGACCAUGCCCAGGACCGGCAUGAGCCUCCCCUCGCUCCCUGAGCCCGGGGACAUCAGCUCCUACCUCCUCGGCCGCGUCCUCACCGCCGACGACAUCAAGCCCGCCGCCAAGCUCCUCAACACCCUCCAGGGCGCCGGGCAGGCCGCCGAGGUCCUGUACAUCCUCGCGCCCCUCGUCUACGCCGUCGCCCUCGCCCGCAGCCGCAACAAGAAGUCGUGGACGCCGUGGCUGGUGGGCCUGGCCGUCGAGUAUGCCGCGCGCCAGCUCCGCGACCGCAGCCUGCGCACCACCACGCUGGAGCGCGACGAGUGGAACAAGAGAGGCUGGGCCAUGGGCUGGUGGACCAUGCGCGGCGCCUUUUAUGACAACGUCACCAAGAGCGUCGUCGGCGGCGUCACCAGGCGCAUGCCGGGGUUCAUCGCCGGCAUACUCGAGGACUACGAAUACCUGUGGGAGAACUACUACUUCAGCACGAGCGCCUGA